UCCUCCGCGCCAGCAUUUACUCGCAGCUUCUCCUUCUGAAGGCUGUGUCGACUUUUUCCUCCGGGUUUUUAAAAGAAGAAAAUAAUUGACCACCGAACCACUUUGCGAGGAAAACGGAAUUUACUAAACUCCCUUUAUUUAAGCGCUCGCUUUAUACUUGGACUCGAAAAUAGUUUCGUCUCUGCUUUGGAUUGUUUUUUCGUUUUUUGACUGACCUGAAGGGCAACGAUGCGCCUCAUCCAGAACAUGACAACCAUAACUGAGUAUCCAGCUUCAGAAUACUCGGCCCCAAACCGGGCCAUUAAAAUAGCCGUUAUAGGAGGCAGCGGUGUGGGGAAGACAGCACUCGUGGUGAGAUUCCUAACAAAACGCUUCAUCGGAGACUACGAGAGAAAUGCUGGUAAUCUCUACUCCAGAGAAGUCCAGGUGGAUGGAGAGCAAGUGACCAUCCAAGUACAGGACACUCCUGGUGCCCAGAUGACAGAUAAUGGCACAAGUCUACUUGACCAUGUGACCUGCUCCAUCCAGUGGGCUGAUGCUGUGGUGCUGGUGUACUCUGUGACUGACCGCAGCAGCUUUGAUCUGAUCGAUCAGUUGCACCAGCUGGUUGUUCGUAGCAGCGGUGCCAGUAUGCCCCCGGUAAUCCUGCUGGCCAAUAAGGCAGACCUGUUGCACCUGAGGCGAGUCGACUCCCAGCAGGGUCCCAUUCUGGCUGGAAACCUGGGCUGCUCCUUCUAUGAAGUAUCUGCCAGUGAGGAUUACAACCAGGUACAUGGGGCUUUCCACAGGCUGUGCUGCCAGCUAGCCAAGCAGCCACCCCCUGCCUCUAGCUCCCCACCCACCUCUGCUACUGGUGUCACAGAGAAGAGGCGCUCUCUCCUCAUCCCCAGGCCAAAGUCUCCCAAUAUGCAGGAUCUGAAGAGGCGCUUCAAGCAGGCGCUGUCUGCCAAAGUCCGGACUGUCACCUCAGUGUGAGGAGCGCUACAAGCUGAAAGUGGUCGAGAGUGGCCACAGAAAGUACUAAACGUUGGAAAAGAGGACAGAAGAUUCACGCUUCUCCACUGAAGUCCUGCUCCAGUCCAGCUGGUGUGAUAUGAACAGUAUAGCAGGAGGCAGAUGAAUCUUUGCAGAGAUAAUGGCGUCUUGGUGAGCAGGAGUCUGUCCUGUCAGAUGACGUGAAGAGCAGCGGUGAAGCAGUUCAGAGGGAGAAAAUUUCCUUUGAGGACUCAGAAACAGCCGAUUGAAGCUGAGAGAACUAAAAACUGCAUAUAAAAAUUGUACAUAAAGCCCUCCUGGCAACAACAGCUCUGAAGGACUGCUUAUUUUUAGCUGUGCUGUGCCUGUUGUGGCUGUUCUUUAUUCAGACUGCCACUUCAUCAAGGCUAAACGCUGGCAUUAUUAUACCAGCCACUUAAGCUGGGUCUCAGUGCAGCUCUCGGUGUGUUCACUCUCAUAUUUGAAUAUCUGCAGUUUAUUUUUUGCAACUUACAAAAGCAUCAUUGUGCAUGAUUGAUGAGUGAGGGAAGGGUGGGGGUUGAAGUAUCCUUGUGGGGUAGCAGCCACUAUGUAGCAUGUGUUGGUGAUUAUCACUGAUGCACUUUAUUAAAAAGAAGAGUCCAAAGGGCCUAUUUAUUUGUUACAAGUUCUUUUUCAUAAUAAAAAGAUUAUGAAUUUCCAAUGAAA